AACAGUGGGAAUUAUUAAACUUGGAAGGCAUUCAAGGAGACCGAGGGACCAAGUGGACCAGGUAUCUCGAUAAUCGUAAGGACGUAUUGGAAAUUUUUCAGAACUUUUGGCCGAAUCCAAGUGAAAUUAAUAGUAAACGUGUGGCGGCAGAGAUGAAAAGCUUUUAUAAAUGGCUAUCCGAAAGGAUACCCAAUGCAUAUGCGGUUGGAGACUAUGUAGAAUGGCGUCGCAGCGCAUUAACGUCAGUGCAAAACGAAGCAGUGGAAUAUAUGUGUAAAGAGCUGAACAUUAAAUAUCAAAUUGUUGAACCUGCUGACGAAGGAAUCAAGACAUCUACGACCAAUACUGACAAGACUAAAACUGAUGAACCCACCCCAACCAUUACAGGCAUUAUCUCUUAA